UCUUCUCCUUCGCAAAACCCCCUCGAGGGUUUCCUCCAAACCCUAGCCCCCAUCCUCCCCUCCUCCAAAACCCUAAUACCGCGCCGCGGAUUCCCAUGGCCUCCCUGUUCGCCGAGGCGGCGCUCGCCCUCUCGCGGCCGCCGCGGCGGCGGCGGUGGCUCCUCCUCGCCCUCGCCGUCGCCGCCUCCGGCUACGGCGCCUACAGGGUUUACCACCUCCCCUCCGUCGCGAGGAGGCGGAGGAGGCUCGCGCGGCUCCUCCACGCCGUCGUCGCCCUCGCCGACGCCGCCUCCGCCUCCGCCGAUGCAGCCGCGCUCGUCUCCGGCGACCUCAACCGCUUCCUCCGCUCCGACUCCGACGAGAUCCCCACCAGCCUACGGCAAGCGUCGAAGAUCGCCAUGUCCGAGGAUUUCUCGAGCUCCGUCUCCGCCCUCUCCGAAGCCGUGACCCGCGGCGUCCUCCGCGGCUCCGUCUCCGGGUCCGAUUCCUCAACCGAGCCCUUAUCGGAUCGGCUUCUGGACAAGCUCUUCUCCCCCGCCGGUUCCGGCUUCGCCUCCGUCGUCGUCGGGAGCUUCGCGCGGAACCUGGUGGUUGCGCACCACUCCGCGGUGCCGAGCGGGGAAAGCGCGGAGGAUCCGCGGUGGCUUCAGGUGGUGUUCGGGGAGAGGGGGAAGGAGCUCGCGGCGAAUUGGAUCCAGGUGUUCGUGAGCACCGCGGUGGCGGCGUACCUCGACCGCACCAUGGCGAUCAACACGUUCGACGAGGCGCUCUCCAGCAUCACCAACCCCAAGCACGAGGCAAAGGUGAAGGAUCUGUUGGUCUCCCUCAGCAAUGGCGCCGUCGAAACCCUAGUCCGGACCUCGCACCAGGUCAUCACCUCUUCAAGCUCGAGCUCAUCGAAGACCCCAGUGGAACUCGUCGCGAGAGAAGCUAUUGAAUCGAAUUCGGCCGCAUUGGUAGUUCCAGGCAAUAGGAGGUUAGUGCUCGACGUAACCGGGAGGGUGACGUCGGAGAUGGUGAGGUCCUUCCUUGAUUUCGUGCUACGGGGCGUUUCGGAUGGCGUGAAGAAGAGCGUCCAUGGCGCUCACCAUGAGGUGGUGGAAAGGGGCUUGAUGGUGGUGAGGUAUCUCAGUGCCAAGUCCAUGGCCAUCUUCACCAUAUGCCUUGCCUUGUGCAUGCACAUCUCUAUCGGGACGAGGCUUAUCGUCCCUGCUUAAGUGUCGGCUUCUGUUACUUCACUAGGAAGUUGUUUGAGAAUUUCCGUUCUUACUGCUCCAAAUUAUACUACAUUCCUUGAAAAGAAACCACAGGAGAGAAAGGGAAUCAAGUUCCAUGCUUUUUUGGCGAACCUUCUUUCUUCAAAGACCAGUAGUGCCUGAAUGUUUGUCCACACGAUUUGGUAAAUUGUGUUAGACUUAUUUACAGUUGAUUUCUUUUUAAUAGAAUAGCUCUUUUCGGUGUGUUAGAAAAGGGCAAUUGUUAUUAUUACAUCAGAUUGAUGGGAAGCAACAUGUUUUAUUUGUGUGUAAGUAGAGAAAGCUUAGAGGAAAAGCAGGUGUAGAGAAGAAGCAUUGUACAACAAGAGUUCUUUUGUUAUAAAUUAGUUGGAAAUAUGAAGAAAAGUUGAUUUUCUCUGCUGUUUUCUUACUUUUCACCUUAUGUUGUUUGCAAAUGUACGUUCUUUCAGCUCAUUGAUCUUUUUCUUUCCGUGUUUUAUUUUGUUACUUUUAAUAUGUUACCUGCUAUGUUAAGCUUUUAACAUCAGCACUUGUAUCAAGACAUUGAAUCACAUCUUUUUGAGUUUGAGUUUAUGCAUGGCUUAUGUCGACUAGGAAAUAUUUCAUCUGAAGAUGUGCGUGUACAAAAUUACAAAUCACCAUGGGGAAUCUAACAUGGCACCUCUUAUUUCUUUCUAAUCAGCAUGUUGAUGAGCUCUUAUCAAUUGCCGGAGCUGGCUUUGCCUCUUCAUAAUCAGUAGUUCAGUUGAAAGAUUGUGAUAGCACUCGCUCUGAUAAGCAACCUCAGUUCGGAAGCAGAUGGGUUUCUAAAUUUGCAUGCUCUGCAGCAUAAUCGACGGUCCUAUAUGAGGGU